GGCCGCCCAAUGGGAGCCGAGCUGCGGGGCGGGCCUGCCAAUAGGGGCUGAGGGGGCGGAUCCGCGGCGGGCGUGAGGCUCGGUGGAGGGGCCGCGGCCGUGGCAGGCGCAGCGGGGAGUACUUGAGUAAGGAUGCCUUAAGAAGAUAACUAUGGAUAAAUAUAUUAAAGUGCGAAAGAUUGGAGAAGGAUCCUUUGGGAAAGCAAUUCUUGUCAAAGCUAAAGAAAAUGGCCAACAGUAUGUUAUUAAAGAAAUAAACAUCUCUAAGAUGUCAAAUAAGGAGAGAGAAGAAUCAAGGAGAGAAGUUGCUGUAUUGGCUAACAUGAAACAUCCAAAUAUUGUCCUGUAUAGGGAGUCAUUUGAAGAAAAUGGCUGUCUUUACAUAGUGAUGGAUUACUGUGAAGGAGGAGACCUAUUUAAAAAAAUAAAUGCCCAGAAAGGAAUCUUGUUCUCUGAAGAUCAGAUUCUGGAUUGGUUUGUACAAAUCUGUUUAGCACUAAAACACAUACACGAUAGAAAAAUCUUGCAUCGGGACAUAAAGUCACAGAACAUAUUUUUAACCAAAGAUGGAACAAUACAGCUGGGAGAUUUUGGGAUCGCCAGAGUUCUUAACAGUACUGCGGAGUUGGCUCGCACUUGCAUAGGAACGCCAUACUACUUGUCACCUGAAAUAUGUCAGAACAAGCCUUACAACAAUAAAAGCGAUAUCUGGGCCCUUGGUUGUGUUCUUUAUGAAAUGUGCACACUUAAACAUGCGUUUGAAGCUGGCAACAUGAAGAACUUGGUACUGAAGAUAAUCUCUGGACCUUUUCCUCCUGUUUCUGUGCAUUACUCCUAUGACCUACGUAAUCUGCUGUCACAGUUAUUUAAAAGGAAUCCUAGGAAUAGACCAUCAGUAAACUCCAUAUUGGAGAAAAACUUUAUAGCCAAACGGGUUGAAAAAUUUCUCACACCACAGCUUAUUGCAGAAGAAUUCAAUCACAAAAUCUUCCAUAAGUUUGGACCACAUGCUGCACCGGCUAAAAGACCAGCUCAAGAACAAAUAAUGACUUCAGUUGCACCAGCUCAGAAAAUUACCAAACCUGCUGCAAAAUAUGGAGUGCCUUUAGUAAUCAGGAAGUCUUGUGAUGCACCUAAGAAGCCUAAUGAGAAGAAACCAUUGGCUAAAUCUAGACAGGCCUUUCCAACUCCAAUGAAGAAAAUGAAUCCAGGAGAAGAAAGGAGGAAAAUGUUUGAGGAACCUUCAAAAAAGAAAAGGUUAGAAUUGCCUGAAAAAGAAAAACGCCAGAGAGAUCAGAUCAGUUUACUGAAGGCAGAUGAAAUGAGAAGAUUGGAAAAAGAAAGGAUGGAACGAAUAAACAGAGCCAGGGAACAAGGAUGGAGGAAUGUGCUUGGUUCAGGUGGAAGUGGUGAUGUUAAGGCACCAUAUUAUGGCGGUGGAGGUGGUGUUGGUCCUUUUCCUGUGUCUUCCAGAGGACAAUAUGAACACUAUCAUGCUAUUUUUGACCAGAUGCAACAGCAAAAGGAAAACAUUAGAGUAGCUGAAGAGAGGGAAGCCAAAUUGAGGGCGAAAGUACAAGGCCGAGAAGUUGUUGAAAGAGGAAUUCCACCUGGAAUACGUCCAGGAGUUCCUAAGGGGCCUGCAGGUCAUCACCAUUUACCUGAUGCUGGUGCAGUUAGGAAAAAAAUGAAAAGAUUGAAGGAGGUGUCUAAACAAGCCAAUGCAAACAGGCAAAAAGGAUGGAUAGCUGCAGAUAGAGCAAAGCAAGUUGAAGAAUUCUGGCAACGAAAGAGAGAAGCCAUGGAAAACAAGGCCCGAGCUGAGGGACACAUGGGUACACUGCAAAACGUGGCAGAUACCUAUGGAAGCAGGCCCAUUUCUGCAAGAGGAAGGAAAUCCAGAAACAAGGAGGAAGAGGAAUAUUUGGCAAGAUUAAGACAGAUCCGGCUACAAAACUUUAAUGAACGUCAACAGAUUAGAGCAAAACUUCGUGGAGAGAAGAAUGAAGCUGCCAGUUCUGAUCGACAAGAAUCAAGUGAGGAAGCAGAACUGAAACGCAAAAAGAUAGAAGCACAGAAGGCCCAAGCAAAUGCUCGAGCUGCAGUUCUGAAAGAACAGUUAGAGCGAAAGAGAAAGGAAGCAUAUGAAAGAGAGAAAAGAGCCUGGGAAGAACAUCUGAUAGCGAAAGGGGUAAAGGAUCCUAAUGUGGGAGCUACAGAACAGAGUCCUGUGCAUGGGCUAGAAGAGCUUGGAGCAGCUCUUCCUAAGCCACAAGUUCCAGUGAAACCUGGUACACCAGUCAUCUCCAUGACUUCUGCUUUGAAGGAAGUGGGUGUGGAUGAAAAUGUAACUGCUAUCCAGGAAGCUGAGGAGGAAAUAAAAAAGCCAGAUUUUGCAAUGCAAAACAAACGAGAAAUACUGAGAAGAUUAAAUCAAAAUCUUAAAGCUCAAGAAGAUGAGAAAGGGAAAAAGGAGUGUAAAAACAUCUCUGAAUUGGCUGGCUCUGAAGAUGGUAAGGAACAGCACGAAGGUGACCAUCCACUUCUAGGAGAUCGCAAAAAAUGGGAAUCUGGGGCAUCUGAGUUGGUAGUUCCUCUAGCUCAGUUAUCAAUGGAAGAUUCUCUCUCUGGAACAGACCGUCAAACUCUGGGGGAAGUAAUUAGGUUAGAUAUUGGUGAACCCCACAGGAAAGUCUGGGGCAAAAGCCCUACUGAUUCAGUCCUGAAGAUCCUAGGAGAAGCAGAGUUGCAGCUGCAAACCGACUUACUUGAGGAACUAGAUGUAAUAAAUGGUACUGCAGAACUUCUUGAAGGAGAUCAUCGGUCCUCAUCAGAGGAGAAGGAAGAGAAAGCUUUUCCUACUGUUGGAGCUCAGUCUUCAGUACCAGUUGGUGUCACAGAGUCUGACAUGACUGUACCAGAAGAAUCUCAAAGAGCUGGACCUACCCAGGUGCAGAGCAAGCCUACUAUGCUGAAUGAACCUGAUGAUUUGGAAGCAGAGAUGUUGGAAGAAACAGAAGAUAAAAAGCACCAGAGUAAGGAAUUUCCCAUCACUGUUAAUGAAGUGUGGGUAAAAGAGAAGGAGGAUAAGGCACAACAUGACAGGAGAAACGAGGCAGCUUCUGAGAAACUAGUGCUUGACAAGGUGCCACCACAAAAGGAAGCUCCAGAAGAAACUUGUUCCAGUGACUCUCUGCAACCUGAACCCUUAUUCCAGAGGGUAAUACAGCCCACAGCUGUACCAACAGCCUCACCAGCUCUGUCAGCUCAGUCUUCACAGGAAGAGCCUUUUGUACCUCGUUCACGUUCCAUAUCACCAGCAAAAAAUAAAGGCAAAAGUUCAUUGUUGAUUGGACUUUCUACAGGGCUUUUUGAUGCAAACGACCCAAAGAUGUUGAGAACUUGUUCGCUCCCAGAUCUUUACAAACUGUACAGAACUUUAGUUGAUGUCCCCAGUGUAGCAGAUGUGCAGCAUCAACAUAAUCUUGAAAUAGAUGAUACAGAAGAUGAGCAAGCCAAAGAAGGACCCUCUGAUUCUGAGGAUAUUAUGUUUGGGGAGGCAGAUACAGAUUUGCAGGAGCUCCGGGCCUCAAUGGAACAAUUGCUUAGUGAGCAGCCUAGUGAGGAAUUCAGUGAAGAGGAGGAGUCUACUUUAAAGGCUAAUGUCAUCGAAUGCAUAACAAAUGGUACAGAGCUGGAUGAAGGAGACGAAAAUAACCCCAGCAGUGAAAGUGCACUUAAUGAAGAAUGGCAGUCAGAUAAUAGUGAUGGAGAGAUUGCCAGUGAAUGUGAAGAAUGUGAUAGUAUUUUCAGCCAUUUGGAGGAGUUGAGAUACAACCUUGAGCGGGAAAUAGGCUUUGAUAAAUUCAUUGAGGUUUAUGAGAAAAUAAAGGCUAUACAUGAAGAUGAAGAUGAAAAUAUUGAUAUUUGUUCAACCAUUGUUCAGACUAUUCUUGGAAAUGAACACAAACACCUGUAUGCCAAAAUACUUCACCUAGUAAUGGCAGACGGAGCCUAUCAAGAAGAUAACGAUGAAUAAACCUGACUCACUACAUAUCGGUGUUUGAAGUCUGCACAGCUGAAUAACAAAUUAGAAUGUAACGUGGGGCAGGAGAAGCAAGACUUCAAAAAAAGAAUGUUCAUUGUACGAAAAAGCAGAAAAACAUGCCUUUUAAAACUGGGAUACCGAUACACUUCUCUUGUGUGUACUUCCAUAUUAAAUGUUCAUUAAAUGUGUUCAUUAAAUAUUAGAUGCUCAAAAUUUAAAAAGCAAAACAAAAACCAACAAAACAAAACAAAAAAUCCCCAAACCCAUAAUCUCUCAAAGUCCAAAAGAAAUACAGAAAGGAAUACCUGUAGAUAUUCUGAUACAAAACUGAGACCUAUAAUGUAAAACAGAAUUUCUGCCAUAUCAACAGUUGGCUGGUACGGUUAAGCAAUUGGAAGCAUUACUGUGUUGUGGAAGUACCCACACCUAGCUAGUCACUUACAUACUUAAAAUAGCCUCUCUUUACAGCUAUAUAAAGAAAUUACUUCAUUUUUAUUGACCCUCAUGGUUGUAUUUUAAGAGCAUCUUAAUCUAGUGGUCCAGUUUGAGUAUUUCACUUUUUUUCUUAAUAAAAAAAUUACUGUAUUUUGAAGCUGAAAGGUUCUGUCACUUUUUAACCAGUCACCUGAAACAUCUUAAUGGUGUUUCUAAAUCAAGGCAAACUGGUACUUCAGCCAUCAUUGAAAAGUCUGGGGUUUUUUGAGAUGGUAAAAUUCAGUUGGACCUGGAAUACUUUUUUCCCAAUAUUUUUCUUCCUCUUCCUCUUCCCCUUCCCCAUCCCCACCCCCUUCCCAAAAUCCCAAGUAUUUAGCUCUUUUGAAUUUUGUAAUCUGGUCAAUGAUAAUAUAGUCUGCUGUUGAAUUGAAAGGAGUGGGUUUUUUCCAGUUUGUUUUUAAAUUCUUACUGUUGCACUCAUGGCUCUAGCAGAAAUGGGAGAAAAUGAAAUAUUGCAGGCACAAGUGCUAUGUAAUACUUCUCAUCUUUUGGCUCAUGUUUUGUAUCUUAAUUUCCACCACCCCGAAAGAAAAAACAGGUUUCUUCUGACCCACAUUUCCUUGUUCCUCCUGUAAAAGCAGUACUAUACAGGGCAGACAUCAGGGAUGCUGUUGUUUUCCAGUCAUCGCCUCUGGACCAGCUUUAUUGGCUUACCCAUACAAUAAGUCUCUUGUUACAAAUCUGAUGAACUGUCAAACUUCCAACUGCCCUAUUGGAGGAAAAAAAAUAGAUUUUUUUUUUUUUUUCCAGCUACAGCUAGUCACAGUCUAAAGCUGUCAAAAGUUACUUUUCCACAAAGUAAAAUCAAGUAUAUAUAUAUAUAUAUUUUAUUUAGAACUGUCAAAAUAUGUACAUGAUUUUUGUAUAAUUGUUUUAUGAUGUUGUUAUUAAAGUUUUGCCCACUGAAAAGUGUUAAUUUUUUUAAACACAUCCAAUUCUUAAAGGUAGACCAAAUUUAAUCUAUUUCAGCUGUAUCCUGGGAACCUGCCAUGAGAAUAAAAUUAAUGAUCAUAAAUGCCUUUAAGAUACUAAUUUUUUAUAUCCUUCCUUACUUGAUAAACACCUCUUGCUUCAUCUGAUGAGAAAGUAUGGUCAUUGUUGGAAACAAUGUUCUGGUGGUUCUGUCCUAUGCUGCUUCUCUUAUCCUUUUGUUUUGUUUUGUUUUGGUUUUGUUUUAGAAUUCCCACAGUAAAUUUGGGGGCUUUUCACUAGGCUUCUCUUCCAUUCUGCUUUUCACUGCUGACUAAUCUAUUCAGAGAGAUGAUCCUCAUGAGUUACAUCAUGGAUGACAUUUAGCAAAUACACUCCAAAGACUUGAAUAAAGAAUGAGUCUGCAUUAUUUUCCCUUUUCAGGUUUGCUUUUCAAGUCAUACCUUGCCCACCUUGUGUGGGAAGGGAGGACCCAAAACCUUUAGAUUUAGAAGAAUAUAGAUUAGCCAUAUGGAAAGAAGAAAAUAUACCAAGUGGUAUAUUCUGCACUCUAUGGUUUUGAAUUUUCUCAAGGUGAUACAGUCUUACUGAAGUUACGGGUUGGGGGGUGUUUAGUUCUUUUUAAAUUGAAAUCAUACCAUUAUUGACAUUCAUUUCUUAUGCAGUGUGCUGGCUUGCUUCUGGUAAGAAAAAUGGACAUAAUCUGCAGCCUUCAAGCUUUACAGACGUAGAGCUUUUUAUCAAUUAAUGAUUUGAAUAAUAUGCGUAGAUUGUGCACAGCUUUUCAAGAAUAAUCUUCAAACCUGCCAACCAAUACUGGAUAUCCUUGAAAUCCCUCAAGAGCUAAUUUAAAAAUGACACAGUAAAUAAGUUUGCUAAAGAAAUACUCUUAUCUGAACUUGUAAAUCUCUAUUUAAUGUAUACUGUAAUGACAUCAAGGACAGUGUGACUUCAGGAUGAUUUAUUCGUCUGUAUGUAAUAACUUACUGAAAUUAGUUGAGUAUUUGACCUGUCUUUAUAUUACAUUUAUUAUAAAGAAUCUUCUGUUGCAUUCUAGCAGUAAAUUGAAGUAUGUAAUGGUAUUUUUGGCACAAAACAUACUCUGUAAACUAUUUCACCUUAUGUCCCUGUCCUCAGUCCUUCUUCUUGACCCCCGCAGCCUACCGCAGUUCAGAUGAGGAAUCUUUAAAAAAAACAAACAAACCCAAAACAAAACGCAAACAAACAAAAAACCACGCCUCCACCCCUCCCAAAAGCCAAACCCGUAAUGCCUCUAUUGUGCUGCCCUGCAGACGUGAUUGUAGUCCCCGACACUGGACUCUCCUGGCUAACUGCUAUCUGUAGCUGUGUGUCCGCCUGGGGUUUUCCGACCUCCAGCAGAACGGAGGAGAGCCCCAGCCGUGAGGCGGCAGGACUACAGAGAAUGUGUCCUCGGGGCCUGCGGCGGGAAGAUGGAGUCUCGACUGCUAACUGGCUUCGUUUUGAGCCGAACAGCUGUUGAAAAGCCUGAUUGCACUAAAUUGUAUAUCCGGUUCCACCAUGGACUUCAGCACAUCAGUUAAUGAUCACAGCGUCCUGAAAAACUUAACUCACUGUAUUCACUUAAUUCACUGCAGUGCCUCCUUUCCUCAGAUGACCACUGUUGCUUUCUCUACAUUGGGCAAUCUUGUUUGUUCAGGAAGAGACUCCAGGAAAUUCUGACUCUAACAGACAGUGGGGUUAAGCUCUGCCAGCUGGGAAAGGGAGCACAGUUUCAAUCCUGCGACCUGCCACCUUUGUUAACCAUGCAGUGAUACUACAGUAACUAGUCUGCUCAGAUCAGUAAUGGACGGAUUUUCCACCAUAAAUACCAGUUUGUAGCCAUACAUACAACAGCGGAGCAUGGAUGAGCACAGUCAUAAGGCCUCCCUCCUCCCACUAGAAAAAAGCUUGAGUCAAAUCCCACUGUGAUCUGUUAAGAUGCUCCUGUUCUCAGCUGUCUAUUCUUUCCCUCUGCUGAUGAUUAUCAGGACCAGCAGAAUGAAACAUGCGCCCACCCUCAUGCUUUGGCACAAAGCAUAGCGUCGCUUGAUUAAACUGCUGGGACGACGGGUUUGAGCCAAGUCACCAGACUCUGAGCUGCAGUUGGUGAGGAUAGGAACACAUCUUCCAUUCUGCUUAUUCUGCCACAGUGAAAGCAAUCUCUAUCAGAAGGAUGGGGUAUAACAGAUGGAGCUAUAACUUAUACCACUUUGCAACAGUUCCUAAAGCUCAUGGGUCAAGGAUGGUGCAAGACUGCUUGUGCGGUAUUAGUAAGAGAAAUUUAUGUAUGAACAUACAAUGUGAAAUAGGCCUGCUGAGGAGCAAAAGCUGCAUAGUGUAUAAUGUUUAUCUUGCGUUAAUCAAGUCAUAAUGUACUUAACACUGUAUUUGUUUUCACUUGCUGGCAAAACUCCCCACAGGUGUUUUAUUCUGCCUUACAGCAGUUAAAAAUGUGAGAAAUGUAUAAAAAUUGUUUAAAAAAGAUCUAUUAAUUGUGAAAUUGCCUGGUUUAUCAUAUAAUAAACCAUGGGGGCUUGUCAGAGGGAUCACACUAAUCCAUAGUGUGAAACAGGUCAGAUCCCUUCCUACAGUCACUAGCUUUAACAAAGCUGUCUUUGAUACCUCAGCUCAGGUAUUUUCAGCUUAAAUGCAGAAGCCUUGCAUACAAAGCCUGUAAGAUGUGGGGUGUCUUUCCUGCCCCUCCAUUCUGCAUUUCUGUCUUAGUGGGGUCUGAAAAAUAUGCUGCUCAUGUACAGUUACACUGAUGUUCAUGGAAAUUGCAGGUACCUCAUUUCUGGAAAUCAAACCCUGGUGCUUUUUCAGCCUCAGGGAACUGUAUUUCCUUGCCAUAGGAUAACAGAGAGGUCAGAAGGCUUUGCGAUCCUUGGACAGAAGACUGUGUAGAAUAAUAGAAUGAACUGGGGAAAAAAAAUGUGCUGAAUGCAUCUGGGAGUUUUUUGUGCAUACUAGACAAUAUAUUCUAUACUCACUUUCUGUGACUAAGUUUACUGUUACCGAGGCCUAGAAUUAGCCAAAUAAAACAGCAGGGAAGCCUU